AUGCAGCGGUCGCGGCGACGCGUCGCCUUUUUAACCCCAAAGUACGAUAAAGUCGCCAAAAUUUUCGACCGCCAGUACCACUCACCCUCCAAGGUGUUGAAGUUGGAGGACGACCCUUGGGGGUCAUGUGCCAUGUACUCCCCGGACAAGAUGAAGUCCGGCGGUGCCCUGAUGGCGCCGCCGGGUUGCUUUCCAGGGCGGUACAGUCCAACGUACCGGACCAGCGACCCACGUCGCUGUGUCCCCAACCCAUCCGUACUCCUCAGGAACUUUUUCUCAUUCACUGCUACGCGAUUUAUGAUUGUU